AAGAAAAAAAGCCAAAUUGGACUGGAAUGAGUGUUUAUUGCCAGUUUCCAGACUCGUACUGGUAUCCAGUCAGUCUGUGGUCCCUCCCAGUCUCUGCUCACUGAGGACAUGACAUUACAGAUCUCACUUUGGGAUCAUCUCCUUCCUCCUCGAUUCACAAUUGCAGUUCUGUCCACGUGCGUAGGGUUCAGGCAGCCGCCAUUGGCUGGAAAUCCCAUCAAGCUCCGCCCGCCUGUUUUACGUCAUCGCUGCGCUGUCGGUGGAGGUCUGCAGCGGGGACCCAGCCGCACUGCACACCCAGCGAACCGGCCAGGGGCGAGGCGGCUCCAUCAUCGCUAUGGGAAUUAAGCGCGGCGUCCUGAGCGAACCGAGCCCAUCACAGAGUGAUAACACAGAGUAUAAGAGAGAGCAGCCCAGAGCGCCUUAUCCUCCAUCCUCCGCUGAGCUGAGGGGGACCGCGGUGAUGAUGAGCACAAACAUCUAGAGAUGAGAAGUGUUACUAAAGCACACAACUUGGACAAGGACGUUUGCUCGACACUCCUCCGUGUUCUCUGAUUCAGCAUGAUGCCCGUCAUCCAUGUGUCCGCCGUGCUCUUAUGUACGAUGGUGGCUGACAUCUCAGCCCGAGCUUUGACCACAUCUACCACAGAUGAUCAGCCUCUCCUCCCUCCACGCCACAAUCAGCACACAGACCAGGACUCAGGCACUGAGGUGGUCUGUGACAAGUGCCCGGCAGGCACCUAUGUUUCUGUCCAUUGCUCACCAAAAAUGGUAAGGGAGUGCAGCCCCUGCCCUGAGGGUACCUUCACACGAGGUGAGAACGGUGUCCAGCAAUGCCACCGCUGUCGAGCUCCCUGUCCUACAGGCUUCAUUGAGAAGGUGCCUUGCACAGCCACCCAGGACCGGGUCUGCACCUGUCCGCCCAACAGCUUCCUAUCAAGGGACGGUGGUGGAGAGUGUAGACCCCACUCACUGUGCCCUCCAGGGACCAGGGUGAAAAAGCGGGGCACGGAAACAGAGGACGUUCUCUGUAAGCAAUGCACCAAGGGGACAUUUUCUCACGUGGAAUCCCGUGCUAUGAGUUGCAGAAAUCACACAGAUUGCCAGGCUCUGGGACUGCUGCUGCUUAAACCAGGAACAAAACGGACAGAUAAUGUCUGUGGACCCCCUUCUAGCACUUUAUCAACCGUCUCACCAACCACUUCAAUGGGGGCUGCAGAAGCUGCGUUUGUAAAGGGAUCUACGCUGUCCUCAACAAUGAAUGGGCCUGAACAAAAAGGUCCAUCAGCAGCCAUUCAACUGAGGGAACCUAUAGGUGGGGGAAACAGAGGAGAGGAGCUGAUGGUUGCCCAUUCUGGCAGCUCCAUCCCACCAAAUCAGGAAUCCUCAUGGACUUCCAUGUCCACAGCUCGAAAACAAACUAUUGAUCCAAAGCAAGAGCUGGGCGAGCCUAUUGCGAGACCUGAGUUAAAUAAGCCACGAAUGGAGCGUCCAGAUGGCCCAGAAGUAAUCAGGGUUGGAACUGGUAUCAGCAAUGUGGCUAAUGCUGGAAAUGGGGAUCCAGGCUCUGGCUACUACAGACCCAAUCGCAGAGGUUCCCCAAGGCCAACCAUGCAUGAUCACUUUGACAUCAACGAACACCUCCCCUGGAUGAUAGUCCUGCUGAUACUGCUGGUGCUGGUCGUGAUUGUUAUGUGUAGCGUCAAGAGGAGCUCUCGGGUGCUAAAGAAGGGCCCCAUGCAGGACCCAAGUAGCAUCAUGGAGAAGGCAAUUCAGAAGAAACCGUCUGUGCCUCCAACACAGGCCAGAGAGAAGUGGAUCUACUACUACUCCAAUGGCCAGGGGGUGGAUAUCCUGAAGCUGGUUGCAGCCCAAGUUGGCAACCAGUGGAUCGACAUCUAUCAGUCGCUGGCCAAUGCCACUGAACGUGAGGUUGCGGCCUUCUCAAAUGGCUACUCCUCUGAUCACGAGCGUGCGUACGCAGCGCUGCAGCACUGGACCAUCCGAGACAGCGGGGCCAACCUUGCCAAGCUGAUCAACGCUUUGCACCGGCAGCGCCGCAUCGACGUGGUGGAGAAGAUCCGCUGUAUCAUGGAAGACAACCCUCAGUUUGACAUCAACCAGCUGACGACCUCAGUGAAUGUAAGCCAAAGCCUUAGUCCCAUCCACAAGCUGCUGGACUCCCCCAGCAGCACGCUCAGCGGCGGCAGCAGCAGCAGCGGCGGCAGCAGCAGUGUUGGCAGAGCCAACGGCGUGGGCGCCGUCCAGUCGCCGAUGGACCGCACCAAAGGCUUCUUCGUCGACGAAUCGGAACCCCUCCUUCGCUGUGACUCCACGUCCAGCAAAGACUCCGCCCUUAGCAGGAAUGGCUCCUUCAUUACCAAAGAAAAGAAAGACACGGUUCUCCGGCAGGUCCGCCUGGACCCAUGUGACCUGCAGCCCAUCUUCGACGACAUGCUGCACAUCCUGAACCCCGAGGAGCUGCACUUCCUGGAGGAGAUCCCCACAGCCGAGGACAAGCUGGAUCGACUUUUUGAGAUCGCCGGAGUAAAGAGCCAGGAAGCCAGCCAGACGCUGCUGGACUCGGUCUACAGUCACUUACCCGACCUGUUAUAGUGGAGGAGACAGGAGGAAAAGCACACAGGUGUUUGAAGCAAAAGGGAUGUAGUGUAGCUGAGAUUUAGCUUUGCUGUUAUUUCAGACAGUAUUGGACUCAUCAGGGCCACCGAUGUAACAUGAUUCCAGCAGCUUAUUUAGCGUUUGUCUGCUCCCUCUGAUGACUCUGUAAGUCCUAUCCUCAUUCCUUCUCUGUGUAAAUCCUCUCCGAUGUGUCAUACAGUCACCGCUGUCGGCUGUGUGACCUCAAACAUGCGGCUCCAAGGUUUCAAAGUUGAAUCAUGUACAGACUCCACACUGCUAGCACUUUAUUUAUCUGAAACGGCCAAUGCCUUCCUGCUUAAAGGACAAUACCGGUGUUUUUUCUUGUUUGUGCCAAUCAUUUAAGCUUUUCUUGCCUUUCUUAAUAUUUCAGUUUAAAAUAAUAUUUAUAAUAAUUAACACAGCAGGCAAUGGUAAAUGACAGUGGUAUAUAAGCUAUAACUCUAAACAACACUGGUAUUCUUCUUUGAUUUUGGUUCUUGUAAAUCACCGGGAAUGGGCUGAGCUCUUAAGACAUGUGCCUAAAUGUGUUCCUCUCCACAGCACCGCUUUCUUUUUUCCUCUUCCAGCUGCCUGAACCUGAGGCGAACGGUAGCUUGUGACCCAAGCAGGUAGCGGCAUUAUUUCACCAGUCGACCCGCAUUGAUCGAAACGAGAAGAGAAGGAACACAGUGCCUUGCAAAACAAUUUAUACACCUUGAACGUUUCCACACUUUGCCAUGUUACAACCACAAACUUUCCUUUACUUUAUGGAUUUAAUGUUAAAGAAUGAGUUGGUCAUGCUACAACUUCAAAGGCCCCGACCAGUGAGUCUGUUUUCUUUUUGCCAGCUGGAUACGAGGUUUGCUACUGCUAAUGCUAACCUUUGCUAACCUACCUGUUCAGAAGAAAAGAGCCCAACUUCAAGUGGCUUCUGGGAAUCUUGGCUUCCUUAAGUCGGUACCAACAGUUAGGAAUUUGACCGAUCUUUAUCUUCAUUUUUCUUUUUCUUUUUUGGUUUGAAUCUAGGAAAUAAAAUGCAGAUAGAGCCAUUUCUAAUCACAGACUAACGAGCAUCUAUCUAUGCCUGAGAUCUGUCUCACAUGACUUCAGCCUUGAAUUUGUAUCAAUACUGGCAUUAAAACCAGAAGUAAAUCUAAAUAUAUUUUGGACCUGUCAACAUUUAGAAAACAUCUAAAUAUACGCGGUAUAUUUUUUCCAGAAAAGUCAGCAGAGCAGAUUUAAUCAGUUUUAGAAAUUAUUGUCAGCUAAUGUGGGAACCUUAGAGAAGCCGAGAGCGGUCGUGUCCCUCCCAUACCUUUUCAGGGUGGUUUUCUUGAGAAACGAGUUGAUUUUUCACGUACAGGUGGCGCAGUGGUUAGUGCGCACGACCCAUGUACGGAGGCCUAAU